GAUGGAGGGCGUGGUGAUGGAGGUCGUGGUGAGGCGACGCGUCACUCGCGCCGCACGCAAGGACUGCCUGCGGAAGAGCACAAGGACCUGGAUGUCAUCAGCCGGGAGAAUCGUGCGCGGAAGAAGGCAGAACGGGACGUCAAAGCGGCUGCAGAGCAAGAGCACAAGGCGACCGAGAAUGCUGCUCAAGACGACCAAGUGUCGACGGAGGCGGCAGACCCGGCCCCAAGUUCAAGCUCGAAGCCUGGAGGUGUCGAAGAAGAGCAGGCUCACAACCCUGAGUCUGCGCCGGCGUCUGAGGGAGGCGCCAAUGUGGGUGAGCCCCCGGCAGCGGAUCGAGUUUCGGACUCUCCGCCGCCGGAUCAAGAUGUGGAAGUGCUCAACGUAGUUCCAGCCAAGGUCAAGGUCGAAGUGAUCUUGAUCGAGGAUUCGGAAGCCGAGGCGGAGUCAGCGCUUCAGGAUGCGGAUGCGUCUUCGCGCUCGCCGCAGAGUUCGUCAAACCCGCCCCCGUCAUCGUCGCAGGAUCAAGCCUCUGGAUCAGGGUGUUGCCGCAAGGUGAUGCCUCGAACCUGGCUCCAGCACCUGAAGGCCAGAACGCGCGAGGUCCAGCUUGAUGAGGCGGCGGCGAAGAACUUCGUGGCUCGACAAGUGUAUCGCUGGGAGCAGAUGCGUUCUGAACGCGUCGUUCCACCUUCGGUCGAGUACGCUUGGCCGACUCCGCGUCCAGACUUCACGGCCUGGCAAGAAACUACCAUGGUGACGUCGGAUUACUUGCGGAAUCGAAUGGCUCUGGAUGAUCGGGAUGCGGCUUGGAUCUCCGGGCUGCGUCCUGAGCGCAGAGUUCUCGGGAUCGCUCAAGAUCUGACGGCACUUGCCAUCCCUCCGGCCAUGAUGACCGCGCGCGAGUGUGCGGCCGUUCUGGAGACCUUGCUCUUUGAAGCUGGAUUCGAGUUCGUGAAUGCGGUUCCAGACUGGUUCCUGACACACGCGUCCAAGAUCAACCCUGGAUACGUGCGAUCGGGUGCUGGAGAACUUCAGCAAGUGUUGACGAUUGAGCUCAUCGAGUGGAAGCAGCUCACUGCCGGUGUUCCAUACAAGGUGGUGCCAGCUGUGAAACCGGAGAGUGCAAAGGAUGAUUUGUUGAUGGAGGAUUAUAAGGUCGAGCUACUCGGGCAAGCCUUUGUCUCGCAAUGUCGGAUGGCUGGGAUCAUGGCUCUGCGCAGCCCGCGAGGGUCGCCGGAGAAUGAACCUGAACCCAAGCGCCCUCAACGCCGACCUGCUCGUCCGCUCAGCAUCUCAACUCCGUCAGAUCACUUCCUGGUACCAUCGUCGAACGUG